GUCGCCGCCCUCCGGGUCUCUUCCGUUCGCAGCGGAACACCGGAGCUCUUCUCUCGGACCCUCAGCGGGCAGCAACGUGUCCGACAUCAUGGCUCUGUACAACUUCAAGAAGAUCAUGGUGGUUCCCACCGCUAAGGAUUUCAUCGACAUCACUUUAUCCAAAACACAAAGGAAAACUCCCACAGUGAUUCACAAGCAUUACCAGAUCCACCGUAUCCGACACUUCUACAUGCGGAAGGUGAAGUUCACGCAGCAGAACUACCACGACCGGCUCACGCAGAUCCUCACCGACUUCCCCAAACUGGACGACAUCCAUCCGUUCUACGCCGACCUGAUGAACGUUCUGUACGACAAAGACCAUUACAAGCUGGCGCUGGGGCAGCUCAACAUCGCCAAGAACCUCAUCGAUAACGUUGCCAAAGACUACGUGCGCCUGAUGAAGUAUGGCGAUUCUCUGUAUCGCUGUAAGCAGCUGAAGCGAGCCGCUCUGGGUCGGAUGUGCACCAUCCUGAAGCGGCAGAAGUCCAGUCUGGAGUACCUGGAGCAGGUCCGCCAGCAUCUGUCCCGUCUGCCGAGCAUCGACCCCAACACCAGGACGCUGCUGCUGUGCGGUUACCCCAACGUGGGCAAGUCCAGCUUCAUCAACAAGGUGACCCGGGCCGACGUGGACGUGCAGCCGUACGCCUUCACCACCAAGUCUCUGUUUGUGGGCCACAUGGACUACAGGUAUCUGCGCUGGCAGGUGGUGGACACUCCUGGGAUCCUGGACCAUCCUCUGGAGGACAGGAACACCAUCGAGAUGCAGGCCAUCACGGCGCUGGCCCACCUGCGGGCGGCGGUUCUGUACGUCAUGGACGCCUCGGAGCAGUGUGGUCACACUCUGCAGGAGCAGCUGGAGCUCUUCAACAACAUCCGGCCGCUGUUCGCCAACAAGCCGCUCAUCAUCGUGGCGAACAAAUGUGACGUGAAGAAGCUCAGCGAGCUGCCGGAGGAGAACCAGAAAAUCUUUGCAGAUCUUUGUGCUGAGGGAGUCCAGGUCAUCGAGACGAGCACCCUGACGGAGGAGGGAGUCAUGCAGGUCAAAACGGAGGCCUGCGACCAGCUGCUCGCUCAUCGCGUCAACACCAAGAUGAAGGGCAAGAAGGUCCACGACGUCCUGAACCGGCUGCACCUGGCCAUGCCGGCCAAGAGGGACGAGAAGGAGAGGCCUCCGUUCAUCCCAGAGGGAGCCCUGGUGCGCAAGAGAGCCAUGGAGGUGGACGCCCCCAAACGCAAACUGGAGAGAGAUCUGGAGGUGGAGCUCGGGGACGACUACGUUCUGGACCUACAGAAAUACUGGGACCUGAUGAAUGACGACGAGAAGCACGAUAAGAUCCCCGAGGUGUGGGAGGGACACAACAUCGCAGACUACAUCGACCCCGACAUCAUGAAGAAACUGGAGGAGCUGGAGAAGGAGGAGGAGCUGAAGGAGCGCGCCGGCGAGUACGACUCCGAUGACGACAGCGAGGACGACGAGAUGCAGGAGAUCCGGGUUCUGGCCAAACAGAUCCGCGAGAAGAAGCAGCUCCUGGUGAUGGAGUCGAAGGAGAAGGACGUUCACGGACCUCGCAUGCCCAGGACGGCCACCAAGGUUGAAAGGAAGCAGCUGGAGAAGGAGAUGGGGAACCUCGGCCUGGACAUGAGCGACAAGGACGACAGCCACUACGCUCAGCAGGCCAGACGCUCUCGCAGCGUCGCUGUCAAACGGAAGCGCGAAUCUUCAGCGCCGCCGACCUCCAGAACGCGCAGCCAGAGCGCCUCCCGUCCACCGCGAGACCAGUCAGGCCUCCGAGAUCCAAAGAUGGCGAAGAAGGCGAAGAAGAUGAUGAAGAACUCCCAGAAAGGCAUGAACCGCCAGGGCAGGAAGGGAGAGUCCGACCGACACGUGUUCGACCUCAAACCCAAACACCUGCUGGCCGGGAAGAGGAAGUCCGGAACCACCGACCGCAGAUGAAUCUGCUUUUUCUGAGACUCUUCCUAUGAAAUGUUCCCAAACUGUCUGAGUGAUGAGUGACUGCAGUGAUAUUUGGUCUUUUGUGGGUCAGGUCAGGCUUUCCUCACAGAACCAGUGAAGCCUUCUGAUCCCACAACCCUGAGCUGCUUAACGUCUGCUUUGUUUCAGCCCUUCAGUCGUAUGUUAUCAUCAUCAUGUUAUUAUUAUUAUCGUCCCAUCAGCUGUUCUGUCUCACAGCUUGGUUUUGUUUGUGACUCCAGAAACAUCUUGUUAUUGGAUAAAGUGAUGAUGCUGCUUUUAUAAAGUCUCCUCUAAAGAAAUGUGACGGAACAAAGGAGCCAAUAAACCGACAUCUGAUCUGA